ACUGGUAAACGUCGUACGGAAAUCCACCAUGCAGUUUUUAUUUCAUUUGCUGACAAUUGUGUACUGAGUAGAUUUUUAAUAAAUUCUUUAACAUCUGGUUAACAUAGAGCCACUGCUUUUCAGGGUUCAGAGCAGGCGCUGGCCAAGGCCCCAGUACAUGCACCGCCCGUAGGAAAUAGCUACCCAGGCGGUGUUUUACAUCCGUGUACUGACAGUGGCACGCGCCCACUCAAAACAAAAGGAAGUCGGCUAUAAUCAAUGAUUUAUAUAAACCCGAGGCGGAGUAGUCCUUCUUAAAUGUGACAAUUUACACGGAAUUUAGAUUUUGACGUUUAUAUUUUAUUGAAUUUGGACUUAAUUAGAUUUCGAUUGCAAUCACAUAAUGCUAUCAAUGGUAGUAGUAUGAAAAGGCUUGGGUUGAAAGGACCACUCUCUCAGAGCUGUAGAGCCUUGGGGUCUCAGUAGAGGAUGUACUGUAGUGGGGACUUCCAGACUUCAGCGCAGAGGAUGGGUACAUCCUUGCUGUUCCAGUUGUCUGUUCAUGAGCGUGAGCAGGACUUGGUGUUAUUGGACCACAGCUAUGCCAAGCCAUGGAAUGCCCACCCGGACGCCAGCAGUGCCCGGCCCACGCGCAUGCUGUUCGUCACACCCCGUCGCCAACCUGAUGCCACUCCGGAAUCAGAUCUGUCAAUAGAUGUGGAAUCUGUCACGCCUACACCUAUCCGACUCUAUGACAACCAGAAAGCACGCAGUGUUAUGAAGGAGUGUGAGCGACAUGUUUUAUUUGCUCGCACAGUUGCCGAUGGUCCCCCACCCCCUGAUGACUGGGACGAACGCAUCAACAAGGCUGGAUGGUCGGUCACUCAAAACAAAUUAUUUAAUAAGCUGCUGAAAGCUCUGCAAGCUGAACGACUGGCCCGGCUUGCCAAUGAAAAUGCCUCCAAUGAGCCAGUAUUGCGCAGGAUUGCUGUGGACAAAUGUGCCCGGAAGGUGCGCCAUGCACUGGCCAGUGUCAACUGGGACACCAAACUGACCCAGUGGCUACACAGCACCCUGAUAGAGUCUCUCAGUCUGGCCAUGCUGGCUGCUUACCUGGACGUACUGCAGACACUCAAGAGCAAGUUGCCCUUGCUGAUUGACAGAAUGCUGCUGACGUCGUCAGUAAAGACUGGAGCGGCUGGUGCAGAAGCCCUCUCUCUGCUCCUGAAGAGGCCGUGGGAUCCAGCCGUGGGCGUUCUGUCUCACAACAAACCGAGCAAGCUUCCUGGCUCCCCACUCAUCUUAAUUGUACCAUCAGGUCCCACCAAUCCUGCUCUUUCUACCCCGCGCCGAUUUAGAUUUUGGCAGUCACAACUCUCCUGCUUGGGAAAGGUCAUCCCAGUAAGUACCCAUGUAAACAGUGGAGCCAAUGUGGGUAUCGCUCAGUGUCUGGAGCACAUGUUGGCCACAGUCAGGGCCAAAGUCAUGGAGGUCCACAGUCACUUCCCUCACAAACCCAUUAUCUUGGUUGGCUGGAAUGUGGGAGCUCUCAUCGCCUGUCACGUCUCCCUCAUGGAGUACCUGACCGCUGUGGUGUGUCUUGGCUUUCCUCUGCUAACAAUCAAUGGGGCAAGAGGGGAUGUGGACGACCCCUUACUGGACAUGAAGACCCCAGUGCUGUUUGUGGUUGGUCAGAACGCUCUGCAGUGUGGCACAGAGGCCAUGGAGGAGUUCCGAGAGAAACUCAGAGUCGACAACAGCAUGGUGGUGGUGGGGGGAGCUGAAGACAACCUCAGAAUCAACUCAACAAAGAUCAAAUCAGAGGGAUUGACACAGACCAUGGUGGAUCGCUGCAUUCAGGAUGAGAUAGCAGACUUUCUGUCGGGAGUGCUGGAGCGGGCGGAGAGCCACGGCCACAGCUCCGGAGAGCUGAGGGACCUGGACACAGAGAAGAAGAAGCAGCCCUGGCGGGAGUUACCCUUUGACCUAGAGAGGGCCCGCCCCUCUUCCCCUGCCCUCAGAGUACCUAUCUCCCCCUCAGGCUCCGAGGACAUGUCCAGUGUUUGCAGCAGUCCCACCUCCAGCCCCAAGCCAAAGACCUCGGGACUGUCCCCGGCACAGAAGUCCAGCCUGAUCACCGCCACACAACUCCUCAAGACCCAUAUGCAGCGGUCUGGGACGGUGCUCACACACAAGCAGGCACAAGCCCAGUUUGCUGCUUUUAUGAAACAAAACAUGCUUGUGAGGAAAAAUCUGCCCCCUGGUGCUCCCUCCUGUGUCUUUGUGCCUGUAUCCAGUGAGCAGACUGAGAGCCUGGAGAGAGAUGAGCUGAUGGCCCAUCUGAAGAGAAGGCAGACGCCCAGCCCCACUCCCACCAAGGCCUCAAAGAGAGCCAAGAUCAAGGUGACCAUCCUGCAUGGAGAGUCAGCAGGGGUUGCUGUCAGCUCUGCAGCACAGGAAGUGGGACCCUCUGGGAAGCCCCUGAAUGUGACUGUGGGACAGACUGUAUCUGGAGCCAAGGAAGUCUCCAGACUACUCACAGCCCAGCGGUCUGGUAGUCUGACAGGGGUGUCUAGCUCUUUCCACAAUCUGCAGAGUUGCAUGGUGUCAGGGUCCUCCUCACAUUUCCAGGCGCAAGCUCCUGCUACUGCCCAAGCACCUUCCGCCAGCAGCCUCCUCCACGGCCUAAGUUUCAGUCUACAGGAGAUGGUGACCAAAUCCCCUAGCCUGCCCAGCACAACAGCUAGCAUGGGCAGCAUUCAGGCCCUCGGUGGGAAGCCCCAGGGUCAGGUUCUUAACUCCAUAGAUACUGCCAGCAGCACUCUGCUCCGGGCAGUGCCUGUGGUCUCCACUGGAGGGCUGACCAAGACAACUGCCAUCCACCAGCUACUCAACAACGGUGGGCUGGCCAAGCCGGCGAGUGGCCUCCCCGGCCUGCCACACAUCUUCACCCAGAGUGCCGGUACGUCUCGAACUGCCAAACCAAGGCGGCCACGCUGAAUGCCCAGGGUUAACUCCUUAACCCCUUGUUUCGGGAAAGCUAGAAUAGCAGGACGGGCCCUAUCGCCAGUUCACUUUGGCCACACUACAGAUGGGUGACACAGAUAGUGGACAGCAUGAUCAGUAAUGUGUAUGCAGAUAGUCAUCUAUGAAGAUCCUAGGUGUUGUCAGUAUUUGAAAAGACAGACUUGCAGCUGUGUAACAUCGAGUAUAUAGAUUUGUAUCGUACGGGAUGUAUUUUUGUACUAAUUAUCAUGUUUGAAAGAGCCAUAAGGAAAACAUCAAUGAAUACCAUGAUCUGGAGGGAUGUGACAUUGGAAUUAGAAGUUUGAUGAAGUCAAGUUUAAUAGUUAUUGUUUCUGAAUCAAUGGAAGUCUGUGUCAAAUGUAAAUGUUCAAAAUGCUGACAUGAGAAUCCGUCAAUGGCAUGUUCAUAUUUGCAUGAUGUUGCAUUGAAUACAUGGAACUCUUGAUACAAAAUUGAUGUCACAAGAAUUGUGAAUCAGGAGGGCCAAAAAUGAGUCCAUUUUAAUAUUUGACUAAAUGUCACAUGACUACAGAAUAUGUCAAUGGCCCUGUUCAGAAUGAAUUUCUUCACCACAUACGUCCACUCGGUAAAGAUGGUCUUCAUGUUACAUUAUUAAUUAAAUCACCUGCAAGCAGCAGCCGUACUUCCAGAUGCGCACAAGGACCCACAGACUCACUUUGGAGGGAGUAGAAGAGUUGAAGACAGUAAUAUUCACAUCCGGCAUAUGUUUCUGUUUCUAUCAUUGCAAUAAAGACUGGAAAAUAA